AGACGAAUAAGUAGACGAAGGAGAAGAAGAAGAAAAAGAAGAGGAACAAGAUUUUCUUACAAUAACUUUCUUUAGUUUUAUCAUUUACUUUUAAUUCGUGAAAAGCGGGCUUUUAUUCUGAAGGGAUCUCACCGGAAGUAGGGGGAACCGACACAACACCGGUGGAUACAAUAUACAGUCUAUGGUGGAUACCUUGUUGGAGAAGUUUUCCAGGAAUUCUAAAGGAAAUUGAGGACACAGCAAAGAGCCAGGGGAGAAAACUCAGAUAUGUCUGUUGAUAUAAACAACCAGAUACAGGUUUCAUGACAGCACACUUCUGGUUUAGGGGAAAAUGGCCGAGGUUCAAGAUCAAAACAAAGACCGCAGGGGCUUUAGAAAGUCACGAGCCACAGCCGACCAUUCCACCAAAGCCAAGAAAAGCAGCACUGUGGCUAAGAGGAAAAGAUACAGACAGGACAGAGCUCGAGUGGACAUUGGAGUGGCUUUCAAAAGGUGGCGGGUUGUGAAAGCAGCAAAAGGAUUCAAAAAUGAUUCGGAAGUGGCCCUGUGUCUCCUGGAUAAAAUGAAGCGAUCCAAGUCCACUUCCACUUCCUCAGGAGACGCUGACAAAAUUGUAAAGAUCUCCAAGUCUGAGGUGCAAGCUCUGAUCAAGCAGGAGGUUCGCAAUGAAGCGAAAAUGAAUAAAAAGAAGCUGAAGGUUUUAAUAGAGACUGUUCUGGAUCAGUCAGUCGACUACGAAGAAACCAUCCAGAAACUGGAGGCACGAAUCAACACGUUGACGAAGCGAGCAGAAGCAGCUGUCGUCCACAUUACAAAUACACACAAAAAGAGUCCACAGCGACCUCCUGAUAAAAAUGACAUCAUCAGGAUAGAUUCGGGGGAUGAAGCGAUGGAAACCAUGUCACAAACAGAUGUAAGGGAUUGCACGGAGACCAUUGGGGAGUUCUUUCAAGAGAUGAAAUCCACUGAAAACGCCUUGAAGAAGAUGCGAUCAGAUAAUGAAGAUUUGAAGGCUGCCAUGGCAACUCCUCCCGCUGUCACUGCUAAUGAGUCUCAGGGGAAUGUCAGGAUCUUAAAGAAAGAGCCAGAAGCUGAGGAGCAAAGAGAAAAGAAGACUGACUCUCCCAAGAAGACUAAAGAAUGUCUCUCCCUGAACAAUAUUAACAUUCCCGAGGACUCGGAGCAGGACAAGCUCUCGUAUCCUCCUCUCCCCCCCGCACCUUUCCCCACCACUAUGGACAUAGAAGCGGCCUCAUACAACAUUCCCCAGAGACUCGACGUGCACUUGGCCCUCAUCAGGGAGCCUCAUGGCCUCUCUGUGCUCUGGAAGCUGAUGGUAGAAGACCCUCUUGCUCCGCCCAUGGAUAGUUACAGCGUCUACAUGGCUGUCGAGAGGCAGAAGGGCAGCAGCUACUUCCCAAAGUGGAUUUUGCUCGGUGAACUCAAGGCCAUCCAGCUGCCCAUGUGCGUGAUGAUCAAAAAGUACAAGCCCGGCCACAAGGUGUGUGUCACCGUGGUGGGCAAAGACAGGUUUGGCCGGUACGGGUCCUACAGUGAAGUUGUGACCGCAGCCAUACCUGAAUAGUGAGGAGGGGGAUGUGGUUCCAGAAAAGAGCCAGUAAAACCAGGAACUAGCCAAGUUCAUGUUUUGUCGAUGUUAAUAUGUUCAUUCAAGUUUGAACAGUUUUAUUUGUAAUAAAUCUUUUGUAAUUGCACCAAAAAAUUACACUGUCUGUGAAGCCGCCAGCGACUGAAUGAAUAAGGCAACACACAUGUAAGAAGCAGCUUUACACAUUUCUUUGUCUGUUUGUUUACCUGAAACCAAGAAGAGUAUUUAUAUUAAGUUUUCUCUGUUUACAUCCACCAGCAUCAAACCAGAGAGAUGUUUGAUACUUGUUACUUUGGUGAUGUUAUUAUUAGGAACCACUACUGUCCGUUGAGCCGUUACAUAAACAGUUACAUGUACUUUAAAUACUGUUGAAUGUUUGAAUA